AUGUCUGGAAGAGGUAAAGGAGGAAAGGGACUCGGAAAGGGAGGUGCCAAGAGGCACAGGAAGGUGUUGCGUGAUAACAUCCAGGGUAUCACCAAGCCUGCAAUCCGUCGUCUGGCUCGCCGAGGUGGUGUCAAACGUAUCUCUGGUCUGAUCUACGAAGAGACACGUGGUGUCCUCAAAGUUUUCCUUGAGAAUGUUAUCAGGGAUGCCGUCACAUACACCGAGCAUGCCAAGAGGAAGACUGUCACAGCCAUGGAUGUCGUCUACGCUCUCAAGAGACAAGGACGUACCCUACCAGGAUCAUCCCACGUCAGGAACACAACAACCGAAAUGGCUCGUACAAAGCAGACCGCUCGUAAAUCCACCGGAGGAAAGGCUCCACGAAAACAGCUGGCCACAAAGGCUGCUCGUAAGAGUGCACCAGCCACCGGAGGAGUGAAGAAACCUCACAGGUACAGGCCUGGAACAGUCGCUCUCCGAGAAAUCCGUAGGUACCAGAAGAGCACCGAGCUCCUCAUCAGGAAACUGCCAUUCCAGCGUCUUGUCCGUGAAAUCGCCCAAGAUUUCAAGACCGACUUGAGGUUCCAGAGCUCUGCUGUUAUGGCUCUGCAGGAAGCCAGCGAAGCUUACUUGGUUGGACUUUUCGAGGACACCAACUUGUGCCAGUCUGUAAACAUGUCUGGAAGAGGUAAAGGAGGAAAGGGACUCGGAAAGGGAGGUGCCAAGAGGCACAGGAAGGUGUUGCGUGAUAACAUCCAGGGUAUCACCAAGCCUGCAAUCCGUCGUCUGGCUCGCCGAGGUGGUGUCAAACGUAUCUCUGGUCUGAUCUACGAAGAGACACGUGGUGUCCUCAAAGUUUUCCUUGAGAAUGUUAUCAGGGAUGCCGUCACAUACACCGAGCAUGCCAAGAGGAAGACUGUCACAGCCAUGGAUGUCGUCUACGCUCUCAAGAGACAAGGACGUACCCUGUACGGAUUCGGCGGUUAA